AUGGAUUCUUGUUGCUACUUUGACUUGAGGACAAGCACUGUCUUGCCCAAAGACAGUUUGAAGGACGUGGAGAACAAAUUUUGGGGUGCGAAGAUCAAAGGAAGCUUCUUGAAACCUUUGGCUUCGGAUUCUAGUUCUAAGAAGUCCAAAUAUCGAAAGUCGAGGCCCGGUGUUGCUUACGCAGUUGCAACUUCAAAGAAUGCUAAAGAGGCUUUGACAAUACAGCCUUCGAUGUUCGAGAGAAGGAAAGCAGAUCCAAAAAAUGUGGCUGCAAUCAUUCUGGGAGGAGGCAAUGGAGCUAAACUCUUCCCUCUUACAAAGCGAGCAGCAACACCUGCUGUUCCUGUGGGCGGGUGCUACAGGAUGAUUGAUAUCCCGAUGAGUAACUGCAUCAACAGUUGCAUAAACAAGAUUUUCGUGCUGACUCAGUUUAACUCGGCUUCCCUCAACCGCCAUCUAGCUCGUACUUAUUUCGGGAAUGGCAUUAACUUUGGAGAUGGUUUCGUUGAGGUUCUAGCUGCUACACAAACUCCCGGUGAAGCGGGGAAGAAGUGGUUUCAAGGAACAGCAGAUGCUGUGAGAAAGUUUCUGUGGGUGUUUGAGGAUGCUAAGAACAGGAACAUUGAGAAUAUUGUUAUCUUGUCUGGUGAUCAUCUUUAUAGAAUGAAUUAUAUGGACUUUGUUCAGUACCAUGUCGAUAGAAACGCGGAUAUUACGCUUUCUUGCGCGCCAGUUGGUGAGAGCCGUGCAUCGGAUUAUGGACUAGUGAAUAUUGAUCGAAGCGGACGCCAAUCGGAUACGACUGUGCUUGGACUGUCUCAGCAAGAAGCAGCAGAAUCUCCAUACAUUGCAUCAAUGGGAGUUUAUUGUUUCAAAACCGAAGCUUUGCUGAAGCUUCUGACAUGGCGUUAUCCGAGUUCCCAUGACUUUGGAUCUGAAAUCAUUCCUGCAGCUAUAAGUGAUCACAAUGUUCAAGGAUACAUCUACAGAGACUAUUGGGAAGAUAUCGGAACUAUAAAGAGCUUCUAUGAAGCUAACCUUGCUCUUGUCGAGGAGCAUCCCAAGUUUGAGUUUUACGAUCAGGAGACGCCUUUCUACACUUCUCCUCGGUUUCUACCACCCACCAAAGCCGAGAAAUGCCGCAUUGUUGAUUCGAUAAUCUCACACGGAUGUUUCUUGGGAGAAUGCAGCGUCCAACGUUCCAUCAUUGGUGAAAGGUCACGUCUUGACUAUGGUGUUGAGCUUCAGGAUACUCUUAUGAUGGGAGCGGAUAGUUACCAAACCGAAUCUGAAAUUGCGUCUCUGCUCGCGGAAGGCAAUGUUCCAAUUGGCAUUGGCCGAGAUACAAAGAUCAGGAAAUGCAUCAUUGACAAGAAUGCAAAGAUCGGGAAAAACGUGAUGAUCUUGAACAAAGAUGAUGUUCAAGAAGCUGAUAGGCCAGAGGAAGGAUUCUACAUUCGGUCUGGUAUCACUGUGAUUGUCGAAAAGGCCACCAUUAAAGACGGGACUGUCAUAUGA